AUGAACAUAAGUUUAUUUAAAAUCGAAGAUCUUACUAUUGGUGGAAGUUUUACAAGUUUCUCACAAUCAAAUCCAAUAUUUUUUAAUCUUUCUGGUUCAUCAUCAACAACAUUUCAUUAUAAUAAUAGUUUAACAACAGUUGCAAUUGAUUCUGCCUUAUCAUCCUAUGAUCCAUAUCAACAUCUAACUGAAACAAUUGUUUAUAAAUAUAUAUGUUUAGCUAUAUUUGUCAUUGGUGUAAUUGGAAAUUUACUUAGUGUUCUUGUUUUUAGUCGAGCAUCAUUACGGCAUCGUUCAUGUGCUGUAUAUUUUCUCGCUUUAGCAAUUACUGAUAUAGCAUCACUAAGUGCAUCAUUUAUUGAUACGGUUCUUCCUUCUUAUAAUCAUGUACCAUUGACUGCAAAAUCAUUAUUCAUAUGUAAAUUAAAUCCAUUAAUGGUUUAUUUUACAACAGAUUUAUCCAAUUUUUUAUUAGCUGUUGCAUCCCUUGAUCGAGCUGUAUCAAUUCAAUGUCCACUUACAUCAAAACGUUUUUGUCGUGCACGUAUUGCUAUUUAUAUUAUAAUAAUUAUGUCAAUUAUAUUUCUUUUAAUUAAUGCACAUAUAUUUUGGGGUUUUGAAAUCGUUACUGUUGAAUCACAAGAUCCACCACUUCAAGCAUGUUUACCGUCAAAGACAAAAAUUGUUUAUCAUAAUGAACCAAAUUCAAUAAAUUAUGAUCGUUUUUAUCAAAUAUUUGAUUCAUUAGAUAUGUUAUUUGCUGUUGUUAUUCCAUUUAUUGUUAUGCUAAUAUGUAAUAUAAUUAUUAUAAUACGUGUUUUAACAUCACGACGUUCAAUACGAACAAUAAUGACAACAGCAUUACAUUCAAAAAAACAUCGUAAGAGACAUGAAAAAGAAAAGCAAUUAACUGUGAUGUUACUUGGUAGUGCCGCUGCUUUUUUAGUAUUUACAUUACCAACAGAAAUCAAUGAUACGGUACGUGUAUUCCGUCCAUCAGAUGCAUCACAAAUAAAAGGUGCCAUGGCUUUAAUAACAGCUAUAUUUAUAGCCAUGGGACAAUUAAAUCAUGCUAUUCAUUUUUAUAUUUAUACAUUAACUGGGCGAGUUUUUCGAAAUGAAUUAAUUCAAUUAUUUACUUUACCAAAAAACAAAAAUUUAGUAAAUAGACGAAACAAUACAGAACAAACACUUCUUCAAACAAAAAAUGUUUUAAUUCAAAAUAAUAAUAAUAAUAUUAAUAUAAUUAACAAUCAUAAUGAAGCUCAUGAAUUUUAA